UGUAUUUGUUAGCCUCCUUGAAUUCACAAGGGGGUGAAGGGUCUAUGAUUGAUUCAGAUUUGUUGUAUGCCAAAGCUAGUUCAAAUCCUGUGAUAUUAUCUUUCAUCUGAAGCUUCUGGUCUUAAUUCAAGAACUUCGAGUAAUGGGCAAACGAAGUAUAGUGAUUCUUCUACUUUUGCUUAUCUUCCAAGUUCUGCUCGUAGCAGCACAGAAUGUACCAGCAUCCAAUCAAGACUUUACUGCUUUAUUAUCUCUCACUGAAUUUUGGGAAAACAAGCCACCAAGUUGGGUGGGCACAGAUCCUUGUGCUGCUAGUUGGGAAGGAAUCGAAUGCACCAAUUCAAGAGUGACGUCAAUAAAAUUGUUAAGCAUGAACAUUAAGGGAAGCUUGACCGCAGAUAUUGGGACAUUAUCUGAAUUAGAGACUCUGGAUCUCUCCUACAACAAAGGCAUGAGUGGAAGAAUUCCAGAUGAAAUUGGGAAUUUGAGAAAAUUAAAAACCCUGUCACUGGUUGGUUGUGAUUUCUCUGGUCCUAUUCCUGAAUCAACAGGAGCUCUUAAUCAGCUGACCUUUUUAGCUCUUAAUCUUAAUCGGUUCAGUGGGAAUAUUCCACGUUCGUUUGGCAAUCUAUCCAAUGUUAAUUGGCUAGAUAUUGCAGACAACCAGAUUGAAGGACCUAUCCCUAUCUCUGAUGAAGAAGGACCUGGUCUCGACAUGCUACACAAAGCAGAGCACUUCCAUUUUGGAAACAACCGCCUCUCAGGGCAUGUUCAAGAUAAGCUUUUCAGCUCAAAUAUGAUACUGAAACACCUGCUUCUAGACAACAAUAAGCUAAAUGGAAGCAUUCCAGACACUAUGGGAUCAGUGAAGACAUUGAUGGUGAUACGCUAUGAUCACAAUCAAAUGAGUGGAGAAGUGCCAAGUAUCAGCGAUCUCACAAAACUCACUGAUCUGAAUUUAGGCAACAAUAAGCUAACUGGCUCUUUGCCUGAUCUUACUGGAUUAAAUGAUCUCGCCUCUGUGGAUUUGAGCAACAACUCUUUUAAUUCUUCCGGUAUACCUUCAUGGGCUUCAAAUUUGCCAUAUUUAACUACAUUAUCAUUGGAAGACACAGGACUGCAAGGGGAAAUACCUAACUCCUUAUUUAAGCAGUCUAGCAUAGAGGCUGUGAAAAUGAAGAAUAAUCAGCUCAAUGGUACCUUGGAUGUUGGCAACUCCAGCCCCAAUUUGGAGCUUAUUGAUUUGGAGAAUAAUAUGAUAACUGACUUUGCUCAGGAAAAUCAACAAAUCAAUUUUGAUAUCAUACUAGCUGGCAACUCCAUUUGUCUGGAAACAGGAGCUGAUUCAAAAAAAUACUGCAGCAAGUCACAAUCUACUAGCACAUAUUCAACACAACCAAAUAGUUGUACAGCUCUUCCUUGUAGUUCUAACAUGGUUUCCAGCCCAAAAUGCAUAUGUGCAAUUCCCUAUACAGGAGUUCUGACUUCUAGAGCUGUCGGUUUCUCAAACAUAAGAAACACAAGUUAUUUUAAAGAUCUUGAGAAUGGCCUGUUGAGUACUUUCCAGUCCCUAUACCUGCCAGUGGAUUCAGUUUCUCUGAGCAACCCAGUCACCGACACUGCUACUAGUUAUUUUAGCUUGGACCUACAAGUCUUCCCAUCUCAAAGUGACCGUUUCAAUAGAACUGGAGUUUCAAGCGUUUCUUUCGUGCUAGCCAACCAGAUCUAUAAACCUCCAGAAUUUUUCAGCCCUUACUAUUUUUCCAGUAAUGAUAGCUAUGAAUUCUACGCAGAAGAGCCUUCAUCAAGCAAAACAAAUACGGGGAUUAUAGCUGGUGCUGUAGCUUCUGGUGUUGUCGUUUUGGUACUAUCCAUCCUUGUAGUAAUAUUUGCAAUCCGCCAGAAGAAAAGAGCAAAGGAAUUUAAUCCUUUCGCAAACUGGGAACAGAACAACAAUAGUGGCAAUGCUCCUCAGCUAAAGGGAGCACGUUGGUUUUCUUUUGAGGAGCUCAAGAAAUACAGCAACAACUUUUGUGAAGCCAAUACUAUUGGAGCUGGGGGAUAUGGAAAGGUUUACCAAGCUGUUCUUCCCUCUGGUGAACUGGUUGCUGUCAAGCGUGCUUCACAAGAAUCUAUGCAGGGUGCUGUUGAGUUCAAAACUGAGAUUGAACUUCUUUCAAGGGUUCAUCACAAGAAUCUUGUUGGUCUUGUGGGUUUCUGUUAUGAUAAAGGUGAACAAAUGCUGGUAUAUGAGUAUAUUCCUAAUGGCACUAUCAUGGACAGUCUUUCAGGAAAAUCUGGAAUUAGAAUGAACUGGAUAAGGAGACUAAAAGUUGCUGUAGGAGCAGCCAGAGGGCUAGCCUAUCUUCAUGAACUUGCUGAUCCACCAAUUAUACACAGGGACAUAAAAUCAAGUAAUAUCCUGCUCGAUGACCACCUAAACGCAAAAGUUGCUGAUUUCGGUCUCUCCAAACUCAAUGAUAGUGACAGGGGCCAUGUCACUACUCAAGUGAAAGGCACAAUGGGGUAUAUGGAUCCUGAAUACUACAUGACUCAGCAGUUAACAGAAAAGAGCGAUGUGUAUAGUUUUGGAGUUACAAUGCUUGAGCUCGUAACAGCAAGGAAGCCAAUAGAGCAAGGAAAAUUCAUUGUGAGAGAGGUUCUAAGGGUAUUGGAUAGAUCAAAAGAGUUUCACAACCUUCAUGCCAUUAUUGAUCCAACAAUAAAGCACGAAGGAAACCCAAAAGGUCUAGAGAAGUUUGUGGACCUGGCAUUGAAGUGUGUCAAAGAUCAUGCAGAAGAGAGACCUACAAUGGCUGAAGUUGUGAAAGAGAUUGAGAAUAUAAUCCAACUUGCUGGUUUCAACCCCAAUGCUGAAUCAGCAUCAACAUCAGAAACUUAUGACAAUGUCAGUGGUGGGAAGAUCUACCAUCCUUAUGUCGACGAAGAUUUUGCCUACUCGAGCGUUUUUCCAUCAGUAAAGGUAGAACCUCAGUAAAAGUUGAAGUUUUCACUUCUUUAGUUUCUUUUUCCUGUAAAUCCUUUUCCUCUUCAGAUGCUUUUAAUUUUUUCAGUUUGGUUUGUGAAGCUGUAGUAUAUGUAUAGGUCAUAUACAUAGGCUCCUUAGAAAUACUUUUUAAUUGUGAAAAGUACAUGCCUUUAUUAUUUUCCCCUAUGGUUUGAGAGGAGAAUAGGACAGAUCAAAAUUUGCACUUGUUUGUUUGUGUCAUGAGGGUGUAUUUCCAAUUUUGAAUGAAUAAAUAUUUGGGGUCUGGAAAAGUAUGCCAGCUUUUGUUA